UCCAAUACUUGUUCUGUUCUGCACUUCAAGUUCCCGAAGAUCUGAUCCGUCUCCACCGAUUCCGUCCUGAUAAAACGGUUUUCUCUGGGUGUGGUGGUCCUUUGAAUCCGUCUCUUGUCGGAUUGUGUCACGUUUUGGAUGAUUGAUGAUAAAGACUUGGGGUUUAUAGUCAACUUCCUUGGCAUCUUCAUCUUCGCACUGGUAAUUGCUUAUCAUUACGUAGCUGCUGAUCCCAAGUUCGAAGCCACUUGAGUUAUGUACUUUUAGCUGAUAUAAGUCCCUUUUUCUUUACUUUAUAAUAACAGUCUUUGUUGAGAUGAAUAUGUUGUCAAGAUGUUUGUAAGCUGUUUCACAUCUUCAUUUCGUCACCUAUAUUUAGCUGA